CGUGCCGGCGCUGAGGCGGCGGCGCCAUGUCGGAGAGGCGGCGGCGGGCCCGCGUGCAGGGCGGCUGGGCCGGCGGGCCGGCGGGGCGAGCCGCAGCACCAAAGGCACCUGUGGCCAGCAACGUUUCCCCUGCAGGCACUACUGGACAGGCAUGGAUGAAAAAAGAUCAACCUCACACUCAAAAGCAAUUUGUCUUUGAAAAGCCAUCAGAGGUGGAACGCAAAGUUCCUGAGGCAGGUGUGAUAGACAAGCCUGGUGUGUAUGAGCUCAGCACAGGACCAAGCGGAGUUUCUAGGAUUCAUUUGAUUCCUGGCUUCAUUGAUUCGGAACAAGCAGACUGGAUGUUUGAACAACUCCUUCAAGACAUACCCUGGGGUCAGAGAACUCACAUCAGACAGGAAAUGUCUUUUGAGGAGCCAAGGCUUACCUCCUGGUAUGGGGAACUUCCUUACACGUACUCCAGGAUAACAAUGCAGCCAAACCCAAAUUGGCAUCCUCUGCUGACUAUGCUAAAGGAGCGCAUUGAAGAGUUCUCUGGCUAUGCCUUCAACUCCCUGCUCUGCAACCUGUACCGAAACGAGAAGGACAGCGUAGACUGGCACAGUGACGACGAACCAUCACUGGGAAAAAAUCCCGUCAUUGCCUCGCUCAGCUUUGGUGCUACCCGGACCUUUGAGAUGAGGAAGAAACCCUCCCCUGAAGAGAAUGGAGACUAUACUUACGUAGAGAGACUAAAAAUCCCACUUGAUCAUGGGACUCUGCUGAUGAUGGAAGGAGCUACCCAGGAGGAUUGGCAGCAUCGAGUGCCUAAGGAAUAUCAUUCCAGAGAUGCACGUAUAAACUUGACCUUUAGGAUCGUUUAUCCAGAACCUGAUGGAGUUUGGAAGUGAAGAGGCACUUUGGGCAUUGCUGAACACACUGCAGAUCGAGAGCCCUGGUUGGCUACGUGUUUUACAGGAACAGAGUUCUGUAAAAUACCUGAUGGGGAAAAAAAAUGAUGUCAAUGAAGGUCUUUGACAAUCAGAAGUUACCUGUUAUGCGGACAGUGCGGUUUUGUUUUCAGAAAUGGUAUGCUUUUAGAUGAUACUAAAUCACAGGCUUUGUUUGUGAAAAGAUGAUGAUCAUUCUUAAAGAACGUGGAGUCUCUGAGAGGUACUGACUGGA